AUGGCGGACUCGGCGGCGGCGGACGGGAAGGCGGACAAGGUGGCGAACGGAGGAGGAGGAGGCGGCGAUGCGGCGGGGGAGGGGAAGAAGAGGGGGGACCAGGCCGUGGCGUUCCACGAGCUCUUCUCGUUCGCCGACAAGUGGGACCUGAUGCUCAUGGCCGCGGGCAGCCUGGGCGCGCUGGCGCACGGCGCCGCCAUGCCGUUCUUCUUCCUGCUCUUCGGGGACCUCAUCAACGGGUUUGGCAAGAACCAGACCGAUCUCCGCACCAUGACCGAUGAGGUCGCCAAGUAUGCGCUCUACUUCGUCUACCUGGGGCUGGUGGUCUGCGUCUCUUCUUACGCAGAGAUCGCGUGCUGGAUGUACACCGGGGAGCGGCAGGUGAUCGCGCUCCGGAAGGCGUACCUGGACGCCGUGCUGCGGCAGGACGUGGGGUUCUUCGACACGGACGCGCGCACGGGCGACAUCGUCUUCGGCGUCUCCACCGACACGCUGCUCGUGCAGGAUGCCAUCGGCGAGAAGGUCGGCAACUUCAUGCACUACAUCGCCACCUUCCUGGCCGGGCUCGUCGUCGGAUUCGUCUCGGCGUGGCGGCUUGCGCUACUCAGUGUGGCCGUCAUCCCGGCCAUCGCCUUCGCUGGCGGCCUGUACGCGUACACGCUCACCGGGCUGACUUCCAAAAGCCGGGAGUCCUAUGCCAAUGCUGGCGUCGUCGCGGAGCAGGCAAUUGCACAAGUAAGAACAGUGUACUCUUUUGUUGGAGAGAGCAAAGCGCUCAAUUCCUAUUCUGAAGCAAUCCAGAACACACUGAAGCUUGGUUACAAAGCUGGGAUGGCCAAAGGUCUUGGAAUUGGAUGUACUUAUGGGAUAGCUUGCAUGUCAUGGGCACUGGUAUUUUGGUAUGCCGGGGUCUUCAUCAGGAAUGGGCAGACUGAUGGUGGAAAGGCUUUUACUGCGAUCUUUUCUGCAAUUGUCGGUGGCAUGAGUCUUGGUCAGGCUUUCUCAAACCUCGGAGCCUUCAGUAAAGGAAAGAUUGCUGGUUACAAACUGUUGGAGGUCAUUCGCCAGAAACCCUCCAUAGUCAAUGAUCAUAAGGAUGGAAAGUGGUUGGCAGAGGUCCAUGGAAACAUAGAAUUCAAGGAAGUUACUUUCAGUUAUCCAUCAAGGCCUGAUGUUAUAAUCUUUCGGGAUUUCUCUCUUUUCUUCCCUGCUGGUAAAACGGUUGCUGUUGUUGGAGGCAGUGGGUCUGGAAAGAGCACAGUUGUGGCUUUGAUAGAAAGGUUCUAUGAUCCUAAUGAAGGCCAGGUUUUGCUAGACAAUGUCGACAUAAAGACACUCCAGUUGAAGUGGCUGAGAGAUCAGAUUGGUCUGGUAAACCAAGAACCUGCUCUUUUUGCAACAACAAUCCUUGAGAAUAUACUGUAUGGAAAGCCAGAUGCAACUAUUGCAGAAGUUGAGGCUGCAGCGACUGCAUCCAAUGCCCAUAGUUUUAUAUCUCGUCUUCCAAAUGGUUACAACACAAUGGUAGGUGAGCGAGGCAUCCAGCUCUCUGGUGGUCAGAAACAACGUAUAGCAAUAGCUCGUGCUAUGCUGAAGAACCCAAAGAUUCUGCUCCUCGAUGAGGCUACCAGUGCAUUAGAUGCAGACUCAGAAAGCAUUGUGCAGGAAGCUUUAGACUGUUUGAUGGUUGGGAGGACGACUGUAGUUGUUGCCCAUCGUCUGUCCACUAUAAGAAACGUGAACAUGAUCGCUGUGAUCCAACAAGGCCAAGUUGUUGAGACGGGGACACAUGAUGAACUCCUAGCAAAAGGAACCUCUGGAGCAUAUGCCGCCCUUGUCCGUUUUCAGGAAACAGCACGGAAUAGGGAUCUUGGAGGUGCAUCUACCCGCAGGUCACGGUCAAUUCACUUGACAAGCUCACUUUCCACCAAAUCUCUCAGCCUAAGGUCUGGAAGUCUAAGGAACCUCAGUUAUCAGUACAGUACUGGAGCGGAUGGUCGCAUUGAGAUGAUUUCUAAUGCUGAUAAUGACCGCAAAUACCCAGCACCACGUGGAUACUUCUUCAAGCUUCUGAAACUGAAUGCACCUGAAUGGCCUUAUGCAGUGUUGGGGGCCAUUGGUUCUGUCCUCUCAGGAUUUAUUGGCCCAACUUUUGCCAUUGUUAUGGGUGAAAUGCUUGAUGUGUUCUACUACAGGGACCCCAAUGAAAUGGAGAAGAAAACUAAGCUAUAUGUGUUCAUCUAUAUUGGCACUGGCAUAUAUGCCGUCAUUGCUUAUCUUGUGCAGCAUUACUUCUUCAGCAUCAUGGGAGAAAAUCUUACAACCAGGGUUAGGCGGAUGAUGUUGUCUGCAAUAUUUAGGAAUGAAGUUGGUUGGUUUGACGAAGAAGAAAACAAUUCAAGUCUUGUGGCUGCACGUCUAGCUGUUGAUGCAGCUGAUGUGAAGUCGGCUAUAGCUGAGAGAAUAUCAGUCAUCCUGCAGAACAUGACUUCCCUUAUGACUUCUUUCGUUGUUGGAUUUAUCAUUGAAUGGAGAGUAGCAAUACUUAUUCUGGCCACUUUCCCUCUACUUGUGCUUGCCAACUUUGCUCAGCAACUUUCAAUGAAGGGCUUUGCUGGUGACACGGCAAAGGCACAUGCCAAGAGCAGUAUGGUUGCAGGUGAAGGAGUGAGCAAUAUCCGCACCGUAGCGGCCUUCAACGCUCAAAGCAAAAUCUUGUCACUCUUCAGCCAUGAACUGCGUGUACCAGAGCAGCAAAUCCUCCGCCGCAGCCAGACAUCAGGUCUUCUGUUUGGCCUGUCGCAGCUCUGCUUAUACUCCUCAGAAGCGCUCAUCCUCUGGUAUGGUUCUCAUCUUGUGCGGUCACAUGGGUCCACCUUCUCCAAGGUCAUCAAGGUUUUUGUUGUCCUUGUGGUGACUGCCAACUCCGUAGCUGAGACAGUGAGCCUGGCCCCAGAGAUCAUCCGCGGAGGUGAAUCCAUCCGAUCCAUCUUUGGCAUCCUCAACAGAGCAACAAGAAUUGAACCUGAUGAUCCAGAGUCAGAGCGGGUCACCACCAUCCGAGGGGACAUUGAGUUGCGGCAUGUAGACUUUUCGUAUCCAGCACGCCCAGACAUUCAAAUCUUCAAGGACUUCAACCUGAAAAUCCAAGCAGGGCGCAGCCAAGCACUAGUCGGAGCCAGCGGUUCAGGGAAGAGCACGGUCAUUGCUCUCAUCGAGCGGUUCUACGACCCGUGCGGGGGGAAAGUGGCCAUUGAUGGCAAGGACAUCCGAACGCUGAACUUGAAGUCCUUGCGGCUCAAGAUCGGCCUCGUGCAGCAGGAGCCAGUCCUCUUCGCUUCGAGCAUCCUUGAAAACAUUGCGUACGGCAAGGAGGGUGCGACCGAGGAGGAGGUGAUCGAGGCGGCCAAGACGGCGAACGUGCACGGCUUCGUCAGCCAGCUGCCCGAUGGCUACAAGACGGCGGUGGGCGAGCGGGGGAUGCAGCUGUCAGGCGGGCAGAAGCAGCGGAUCGCCAUCGCCAGGGCGGUGCUCAAGGACCCGGCCAUCCUGCUGCUGGACGAGGCGACGAGCGCGCUGGACGCAGAGUCCGAAUGCGUGCUGCAGGAGGCGCUGGAGCGGCUGAUGAAGGGGCGGACCACCGUGCUGGUGGCGCACCGGCUGUCCACGAUCCGAGGGGUGGACCGCAUCGCGGUCGUGCAGGACGGGCGGAUCGUGGAGCACGGCAGCCACAACGACCUCUUGGCCCGGCCGGAGGGCGCCUACUCGCGGCUUCUGCAGUUGCAGCACCAUCGCGUCUGA